AUGGCGACAGAAACCCUGGACCGCGAGACCAGCGAGGCCAUUCUGAAGCAGCUCGCCCGGGAUGGCACGAUGGACUAUGCGCAAUGGCCGAAACUGCUUCCUAUCGUGCUCGUUCGCAUUGAAGAAAUCGCCCGAACCGAAUUUCGUAUCCCAAGCCUUCCUCCUCCUCAUCCAGCCCCUCCUCGUCCUCCCUCCCCGCGCUUCCUUGCACCGCUCCCGUCCCCCGACCCUGUAGAUGCCCCCGAGCAGGCGCAACCACAGCAGCAACAGAGAUCCGAUGCUGGACUCUCUACCACAGAUGGCCAUCCCUCAUCCGACAGCACUCUCUCCACCGACCACCAGCAGCAGUCCGCCCUGGACACCCUCCCCAAACCGAUCGCCGCCAUGCUCGACGAGGUCUUGUCUGCGCUCCGCGAUAACUUCUCACAGUACCCUCCUCACACAAUUCAGCGUCUAGCCGAGCUCGUGACGGAACCAAGACGCCACUACAGGAACCUCGUGCCCUACCUCCAUGCGCUCGACCGCGUCGUGCAUGUCACCAGCGGGGCAAAUAUUUACCCCCUCCCGCCAGCCGUGCCAGAUAUGAGUUCCCUUUCGUUGCUGUCAGGCGGGGCGUCAAACGCGGGAGGAUUGGCAGCGUUAUCAUUCAACAACGUUGGCUCAGACGAAGCCCUCGGCGGCGCUCUUCUUACGCCGAUUCCCUGGGCCAAGAACAAGGCGAAUGGUACAAACAGCGACGACGACGAGACCGAUUCCACAGAUCUGGACUCGCCUGGUCCCGCUCUACCCUCCUCCCAUGUCCAAUACCGACCGACAGGUCUGCUCCUCGAAGGCCGGCUGAGCACCGAAUCGACUGAAACCAUCGAGGGCCCCAACGGGCCAGGUCGCAUCGAGACUGUCACCGUUUCGGUGUCAAUGAACGGCACUCUAUCUGCCGGCACAACAGGCCUGAGCUUGCUCACAGGGGGCACCCCUCUCAUGCCAAUUAACCAGCUUAAUCAGCCUCUGACGCCGCCGGCCAUUCCCGGGGCACAGGAUGAGGAUAACGACGUUACCAUGAGCGAGGCCGGGUCAGAGGAGAAGAAAGAUGGCCCAGACGACGAGGAAGAAGCCCCGCAUGCACGUGGGCCGCCGGAGAUAGGGGUCGCAGAUACAGGCCCUUUAAACGCAAAUAUCGCAAAGGUGAUUGCCAGCACCGGACGUCAAGACAAGAAGGACGAAGAGCAGGCGCAGAAAGAGGCCAGUGAUAAUAAACUCAGCAGCCCCGAGGCGACAACCGCAUCGCUCAUCCCGCGGAGCCCCAAGCGCGAGGCAGAAGAUAGCUUGGAGAAGAUUACAAGGAAACGGCUAAAGGAAGAUGAGGCACCUGCAUCUCCCCGGCCGAGACAUGCUGAGGUUCCGAUCAAGAGAAAGGUUGAGCUGCCGAGGGAGAAGGUCGUAGGGCAGAAUAAGGGUCAACAACAACAACAACAACAACAACAGCAGCAGCAGCAGCAGCAGCAGCAGCAGCAGCAGAAGCAGAAAGAGAAAGAGAAGGAGAGUGAGAAGGCAGAAGCCCAGUCCGAGAACGGCAAGAGUGCUCCUAGUAAGAAAGAGGACGAACAGAAUCAGACACAAUCAUCUUCUGGCCCUGACUCUCAGGGGGAUAUUGUCCUUCCCGAUCGGAGCGCCAGCUUUGAAGAGGCGCCUAAAAAGGAGAAGCCUUCUGACGUUGGCGAGGUAUUAAAAGAAGGAGAUGGAGAUAAACCGAAGGAAGAGUCGAGUAUAGGGGCUGCUGCUGGUGGUGGUUAG